AUGAGCUACACUCUCUACGACGCUGCCAUCCUCCACACCAAGGAGGCUCUCCAGUCCCUCUCUGCCAUCCUCAAGAAGGCCGAGUCUCACCCCAAUGCCUCUUCUUUCCCCGAGGCCAAGCUGGCCCCCGACAUGCUCGACCUGAACUUCCAGGUCUUCUUCCUUACCGACACCGCCCAGAAGAUUGUCGCCCGCACCACUGGCGUUGAGCCCCUCACCCUCUCCCGCGACGACUGCACCAACUUUGAGCAGUACCAGGCUCGCAUCGCCAAGGUCCUUGAGGUUGUCGAGAAGGCCGACAAGGCCACCGUUGAGAAGCGCGCCGCUGAGGUUGUCACCAUUGGUCUCGGCCCUGGAAAGAGCGCUGAUAUGAAGUGCCGCGACUACGUUCAGGGUUACGGCAUUCCCAACAUCUUCUUCCACCUCACCACUGCCUACGCUAUCUUGAGAAAGGAGGGUGUUGAGAUUGGCAAGCAGGACUACAUUACUCCUUUCAUGGGCCAGUACCUCCAGUAA